AUGACUUCUGUCUCGUGUCCUAUUCAUCCUAACGUUCAUUUGGUUGAAGAUCACAGAGCAGGGGACGUCAUCUGCCCUGAAUGUGGUCUCGUAGUUGGUGACAGGCUAGUUGAUGUUGGGACCGAAUGGCGCUCUUUCUCGAAUGAACGCAGUGGUACAGACCCCUCUCGUGUGGGGGCUCCCGAAAACCCGCUACUCAGCGGAGGAGACCUGUCAACCAGUAUAGCAGUGGGAUUUGGCGCAAGUGAUAGUGAUACAAGCCUCGCAAAUGCUCAACGGAAAAGUAUGAACAAUACUGAUCGACAGAUGACGCAAGCGAUGAGUGUAAUCAGAGAGAUGAGCGAACGGAUCCAUCUCGCCAAGAGCAUACAGGACCUUGCCUCUAAGACAUUCAAAGAUGUGCUGGAUAGCAAGGCUCUAAAAGGAAAAAAUAACGAAGCUCAGGCAGCCGCAUGUCUUUAUAUUGCCUGCAGAAAGGAAGGUGUACCCAGGACAUUUAAAGAAAUUUGCGCAGUUUCACGUGUCUCUAAAAAGGAGAUAGGACGAUGUUUUAAACUGAUUAUAAAGAGUUUGGAAACGAAUCUUGAACAAAUCACAUCUGCUGACUUCAUGUCCAGGUUCUGCGGGAAUCUCUCUCUUCCUAACUCUAUACAGGCGGCUGCUACUCGCAUCGCAAAACGAGCUGUUGAAAUGGAUCUUGUUGCUGGUCGUUCUCCAAUUUCAAUCGCUGCAGCAGCCAUCUACAUGGCAUCUCAAGCUUCAAGUGAAAAACGCUCGGCAAAAGACAUAGGAGAGAUUGCUGGUGCGGCUGAAGUUACAGUGAAGCAGACGUACAAGCUUCUUUACCCAAAAGCUGCUGAACUUUUCCCGGAAGAUUUCAAAUUCUUCACACCGAUUGAUCAACUUCCAACUUCUUGA